AAUCACAAGCGCAUCUUACGUCAUGACAACGAGGAGGCUUUAACCAGGGCCAAAUCUGCGAGCCGCAAGAGAAGAUGCGUUCUUGACGUUCUUUCUCCCCCUUAAUUCUCUCCUCUCUCCUCUCUCUGAGAACGCGCUGUUCUGUCUGCAUCUGUCUUUCUACAGCUUUCUUCGCUUGCCGGGUGUGUUGACUGAUUUGUCUGCCUUGCGAUGAACACUCAAGGCCUUCUGUGCCUGCUUGGCGCCCUCCUGCUGGCUGCUGCUGUGUGCGCUGAGCCCUCGUCGAAUACCAAUGGGGCCACCGCAUCAAUUGCUGCCGCCGACGAAGAGAGCGAGAGGGUGAGCGGCCUGUUGCGAGGGCUCACAAGAAGUGGCAACGACACCUCAGGUGAGCGAGAGCAGAUCAUGAAGCUUUUCUCCUUACUGCCCGCCUCUGCUCUCAUCAUGUGUGUGUGUGUGUGACAGGUGCGUCCGUCAGGCGCCUGGAUAGGGUUUACUCCAACACCGAAUACUUCUACCAGGACUACGCCAGCGUCACGUGCGACAACGCCUACACCACGAUGAUGAGAAGGGCGCGCGCUGAGGCGUACGACCUGCUGCGCGUCAACUCUGCCACGUACGUCGAGGAUGCGACCUCUCGGUUCUGCAGUAAGGCCAACGCCGUGGACGGCAGUAAGGCCAACGCCGUGGACGGCAGCUACAACGGGCCGCAUCUCGUGGUCGAGUGCGUGUCGGGAUAG